AUGACGGGCAAGAUCUCAGGGUUCUUUGAGGGCAUUUCUACGUUCUUAGGUGGAGGAAGAAUCUCACAAGAGACCGAGAAGGACGGGCAUGAGGUGACUCAGCAGCCCGAUGACAGUGGAGAGAGCACGAAUCAACGCCGAGGGGUUGUGGCAGGAGACGGUGGACGCGCUGUCGGUGAAGAAGGUCCAACAAGCAGGAAGAGAGCAGGCGAAGACAUAUCUGAACAAGGCGGAUACAAGAAGGCAAGGCUGUCUGAGAGGAGAAUUCGUGACCGUGUCCGCGACCGCGAACAACAGUCCCAUGCGAGAAGAUUGACGGGAGACUACGGGAAUCCAGCGGAUGCACGACCAAUUGCUAUUCCCACGAAGUCCUGGGAGCCCGCCGAGCCUGUGAGUGUUCCCGCCAGCUCUUCACGCAAGCAAGAACAGAAGACCAGCAGUCCUACUGGUGGGUUAGGCAACAUGCAGACGUACACGCAUAAGAAGGACGAAAGCGUGCGUUCUCGAUUCCAGCCUCGGAAUUCUCUGAACAGCCCGACUGCCUACGCCGCGAAGAGCUCAUCACACAUUCAAGGACGCUCAAACCAGAAUCAUGCGCCGCAACGUGCGCUCACUCGACCUCAAAACCCACCGGUGUGGUCUGAUGCGAGGUUGGCUUCCAAAGGUGGCGACGGCUUCACCGACGCUGAGGCUUCCGAUCGGCCCAACAAAAGACCGAAGCUCGAGAUGGUCUCAGAUAUUCUCCCACGCCCGUCACCAGACAACAGAAAGAAUCCCAUUGACCUUACCGGUGGGAGUCAUGGCUCCGUGGACGAGCAAAUUGUUCAGCUCAACAGAAAGAACCCUCUUGGUUCGAAGCACAGACAGUCUGCUCACUCCCCGGACGCUCGGCCCCCGCCACAGGUGUUCGAUAACUCGGAAUGGAAUGCCGUUGACAACAACAUCCGCCUAGACCACAAGAAGAGGCGAAAGCCGAAGGCUGGCCCUCCAUCAAGCCAGAACUCCGGUCGUGCCACACCAGUGGGUUCGAACAGUGGCCAAGCAAGCAAGACGCUGCAUCAUCCGCACAACGCCAGUUCCGUAGAAGAUUAUGAGAUUGAUCGAGCAGAACGACCACAGUCGCGAGACAGGCCUGCAGAAGCCCGCAAAGGGUCCGACUCCCGUCCACGAAUCGACUUGACGCAUGGUUUUGAGACCUUUGGUAACUCUGAACGUAAGGCGACCGACAAUAAGCAGAUCCAGGCCACCGGCAGUCUCAUUCAGCGUACUUAUGGAAAGACCGAUGCUAAAUCUGCACCGGCGCAGACACAUCCGGAUCCGCUGCCAAGAAGAAGCAUCUCUCAAGAUGAUGUGAUCAAUGGAUCCGUCGACAUCGCCACCUCAAGGCCAAGAGAAGGCCGAAAGACGCCGCGUUUGAGUAGCACGUUCGUACGUGACGGCGAAACCGCCUCUCCGAAUCGCCAGCAGAAUGCAGAGCAAGCAUCCAGAACAUCACGACCUCCCCAACAGCCACCGGAUCAGGUAGCGACGUCAUCUGACUCGAAGCAUUACGGCAGCGAAAGCCCAGAUCAGCUGUCUGGAGCGACGACCAUCCAGUCGCCGGAGUCGAAGGCAGCAGUUGAAAGUCGGUCUCGUGCAGGAUAUGUGCCAUCUCAGAGGCGGGUCAAGUCACCUGACAGUGAUCCACGGCCUUCGGCACUGCACCAAGCCAACUCACGCAAGGCUCGAGCCAAUGUUCCGGAGAAACCAAGUCCACGGGCCAACUCGGACCAGGACAUCGAGAUCGUCGCGAUACGCAGGUUUCAUGCCGCCUCGUGCAUCCUCACCUCCGAUUUGAUUGAGCUUGAAUACAAUGCAGACGAAGAGCAGAUAUAUGUCAAGCACAAUGGUCAGCGGCAACAAGUACCUGGAAGAGGUCAGCUCGUUGCGAUUGGAGAUUCUGAAGUCAGCAAAGCUGUGACCGCCAGAGGCUCCUGCAAAGUCAUGUUGAAAGGCCGAAGUGCCAGUAUCAGCGAUGGCCAAUUCUGCCUUGAAUUCAACAACGCUGGCGACGUGGGAUGGUUCGCCAACGCGCUACAAGCUAUCACGCACGACAAACUAGGGUUCCAAUCGUACGACAGUCUUGAGUCACUCGACAAGGCGUUCGAGAGCAAUUGCCGAACGAUUCUUGCAUCUCAAGAGAGGCGUCUUCGAGCCCAAGCCAACGAGAAGGCAGCUGUGCGCCAAGCGGCGUCGACAGCUAUCAGACAAGCAUCAGACCGGCACAAUCGUGGUGACGGUGGCGGCGUAUUGCAAAUACAAAGGCCCACAGAGACGCGAGCCAACGCCAUGCGGCGGCAACAAAAUGACGACGACGAGCAGAUCAAGUACGACUAUGGCAGCGAGGGCGAGCCGCCCAGCGGUCAGCACAAGACCAACGAGCACCAGCCACGCCAGCUGACGAAAGGCCGGACCGGCACAGAACGCCGGACCCGUGGCACGUCCGAUGCAGUACGAUCGCCAUACUUCCCCGAGACGCGAGCCGGGCGACGCGAGACCCUACAGCCCACUCGCAGAACCCGCACGCCGACCCAACCACCAGAGCGCUGGACGCAAGUCAACAACCCAGAACCUUGGACAAGGCCUGUCGUCUAUCCCACGCAAGGGCUUCGAAGAGUCACAGUCGAUUUUGAGGAUCUUGAGCGACUAGACGAGAGCGAAUUCCUCAACGAUAACGUCAUCAGCUUUGCGCUGCGCAAGAUCGAGGAGAAUAUGGCUGAAGAGCACAGGAGCAACGUCCACUUCUUCAAUACCUUUUUCUACACUUCACUAACCACGAAGAACGGCAAGAAGGCAUUCAAUUACGACGCGGUCAAGCGCUGGACGAAGAGUACAGAUCUUAUGAGUGUGCCGUACAUCGUGGUCCCGAUCAACGACAAUUACCACUGGUAUGUCGCUAUCAUCUGCAAUCUGGACAACCUUGGUAGGGAGUUCGAUGAUGAUGUUGGGCGGAACGACGAGAAGGCAGACGAAGACGAAGAUGAGACAGAUCGAACAGCUUCCGCUCACCACACCGCCGAUGCCAUGUACCAGCUUUCUCUCUCCGACAAGGGUAAGAGCUCUCAGACAGUCGCAGAGCCUCCCACCUCGCCUCCCGCUCAAUCCAGCUCAGCUCGCAGAAGGAAGAAGGGGCCUGCGCCUUUGAGGAAAUACUAUGUAGAUACCCCGGUCAUCAUCACUCUGGACUCUUUCGGUAGCCAGCACACGGCCGUCGCCCGCCAAUUGAAAGACUACAUCAGUGCCGAAGCCAAUGAGAAGCGCGGCAUCCACGUCGAGCGAGAGCAGAUCCAAGGCAUGACCGCGAAAGGUAUCCCAGAACAGACCAACUUCUGCGAUUGCGGCGUCUACCUAGUCGGCUACAUUGAGGAGUUUGCCAAAGAUCCGAGAGACUUCGUGACGAAGGUGUUGACUAGGAAGCUGGACAAGGAUGCCGACUUCAAGUCUUUCGACCCCAGCGGCAAGCGAGCAGAGAUCCGGAAUGACCUGCUGGCGUUGCAUGAGAAGCAGGCUGCUGAGCACAAGGCAGCUAAAUCGGCGAAAAAGGUGGCGGGCAAGCAGGAGGCAGAGACUGCGUCAAAGCCGAAUGCCACUGCCCCCAAGGCACCGCCGCCUACACGCCCGCCGAAGACAAGAUCAGAGCAGCCUGCGAAGCCGCCAGCGCAGCCUCUUACUAAUCGAGCCUCCCCACAGGCGCAAAGCGUCUCCAACGCACCCACGCCAGAAGUGCCGAACGAGGAGUCCGAUAAGCUCGAGCUCUCAAUUCCACGACCUCUGUCUGCUUCGCGUGCUCAGCCUGUCUCGCGGCCUUCGUCAGCUUCGCGGCACUACAGUGGCAUGGGUGGACUUCAUAUUGCGACGAAGGAUAGCUCACCGCUGCACGACCAACCUACUGCCAGUCAAGAGAUUGAGCAUGAGACGGUGCAACUGAAGAGGAACACCGGCCGCGCUGGAUCCACGAAGCAUCACGAGCCUGAAAAGCCACAAGACAUAGUGUCACAGCUCGACGACGGUCUUCAGCAGCAGCUGGAAGGAGAGCUCGAACAAGACCAGCGUCCUCUCGGCGGUAUUGAGCAGUAUGCUGCAAUGUCCCCCCAGCAAGGCCAUGAGCUGUCUGAGAGAGGCAAACCGUCGAGCGGGCGUAGCAGCGCUGAGGCUCCUGACGGCCGGAGGAAGCAGAGAAGGAGGAGUGCCGCGGCGGUGAUCAACUUGGAAGAUGACGAGGUGCCAGCGUCGGCGCUUGAAGUCCCAGAGUCCCAGGAGAGUGUCGUGAUGCUGCACAAGCAGCGCAGAUGA